AUGGAUGAACUUGAUUUAACAGAUUUGUAUAUAUAUAUUCUUGAGCCAAGACAUGCAUGUACAGACAGACGCAAUACUGUACAGAAAACAACAGAAAAACCUAGAUUAAUAACUUGUUAUAACUUAAGGGAUAAAAGAUACUUUCUGUUUCUUCACAUUCAUUUAAAGAUUCAGUCUGAACCAUGUGAACAUUUAUUGCAAAGUAUAUAA